AUGUCCCGAGAGCGACUCUUGGUCCGACCAAAGUCACGGCUGGAGAAGUUACCUGCGGAAAUAAUCCAGGAGAUCUUUCUUCGCUGUCUAGAGAUCAACCUCCCUCGAGCUUCUAUCUACCUCGCCCGGGCGCUCUCAGACCCUACCAUCUAUACAUGGCUUGUUCGGCUGGCUUUUGCAAAAGCAGAUGGCGAAGGGUCAACUUUCUUGACUGAGCACUUCCUGCCCCCAUGUGGUGUUGUUGGUCACAUUGAGCCUGAUGAGCUGAAAGAGCUCCGAACUCGUAUCCUCGAGUGCCGGUGGUGCACGCUGCCCCUGAUCCGCAGCUGUCAGCUGGCGUUUCUAAACCAUGUCAUCGAAUACAAACGUCCCGAAAUCAGCAUCAUUCCUGACGAUCGGCCUCUUCUUGCUGGAUUCGCAGGAUGGUUCGAUAAUCUGGAGUCCUGUAACAAGGCACUGAACGGCCAGCGUGGGGAGAACGACUUAGCCCUGCGAGCCAAUCGGCCAGGGCACGAACUCGAUGGCUCCGACUCUGAAUCAUCGCACGACUAUAACGUUGCAAUAUGGUUCCGCCUUGGAAUCAUUGAGAUCCAUGCAGUGGGGAAUAACCAACCUUGUGGAAAGAGCUAUUUCGAGCUUCCAUGUUGCGAAUCCUCCAGUAUUCCGGACAAGUUGCUUUGUCCGCCCUGGACAGACCAAAAGCUCGAGUUUCUCCAGUUGAUCUCGACCAGAGCGUUCCUCGACAAGGAUACCGAAUUCCGGCGUGCCACUCGCACUCUGCGACGUCUGAUCCGUGAUCGUGACUUUGCCACAUUCGCGCGGCUCCUGGACCUUCGUGUGCGGAUUGAGUGCUACGGUUUCCCGGUUAUCUGGCCCACUAGCAAUGUUGUGUUCCGAGCGGCACUGAAGUAUGCGGACGAGCAUGGUGAUCCUUUCGUGCGCUUGCUGGUUGAGGAGCGGUGGGAGCAUAUUGACCCUGAGGAUAUUCUGCUGAAGGAGAAGUUGCUCAAGAGCUUGCUAGAUUCGAGCCAUACUUGA